AUGAAUCGUGAUCAAAUUAUGGCUGCUCUAAGUUCUGAUGAAGAUGUGUCUGAUAAUUCAUUUGUUGACGAUCCAGAUGCAGAUCCUGAUUUCAAUUUAAAUCUUUCGGAUGAUAGUGAUUUGGAGUAUGUUGAUGUUUCUGAUUCGAGUGACGAUGAUACCUCUAUUAUACCCAUUAUUCAAACACCAACUCAAACUGAACCAAAUUGGGGUCCUGUGAGUGAAAAUGUUAGCUGUCCAGUUUUCAAUGAACAAAAUGAAACGUUUGGAAUAAAUCCAGAUUUAUUUGAUACUUUAAUUGAUGGAACGUCAUUUGAUUUUUUUUCCUUGUUCGUGGAUAACGAAAUUUUAAGUAUAUUAGUUAAUGAAACUAAUAGAUAUGGAAAUAAUUUGUGUUCACUUCCUUUACGUCCUAAAUCUAGAUUGAAAAAAUGGACAGAAGUUAAUAUUGAUGAAAUGAAAACAUUUUUAGGUAUAGUUAUGUGGAUGGGGUUUGAAAUUAUUUUAAGAACAUUUCACUGUUCAAACAAUGCAGAAUGCCCUCCAGGUGAUAGACUUUUCAAAAUUCGUAAUUUGGUAGAUUUAUUGGUGAUGAAAUUUAAAAUGUGGAACGUACCUUCUAAAAAUAUGUGUAUUGAUGAAUCUGUAAUUCCUUUCGUUGGACGAUUAUCAUUUCGUCAAUUUAUAAAAAAUAAACGACAUCGAUACGGAAUAAAAGUAUUUAAAUUGUGUAUUAAUGAUGGCUAUACAAUCGGCUUUAAAAUUUAUGCGGGCCAAGAGUCAGUGCCUGGUGUAGGGGUUUCCACUAAAAUAGUAAUGGAGUUGGCCGAGGACUAUUUAGAUAAAGGGAGAACAAUGUAUACUGAUAACUGGUACACAAAAUUUAAUCCAGUAUCGGUUGUAAAAGCAAAAUUAAAAAAAGGAGAAAUUAUGUCAAGUCAAAGUCAAAAUAAUAUAGUUGUUCUUAAAUGGAAAGAUAAGCGGGACGUAUUAAUGCUAUCAACCAAACAUAAAAAUAAUACGGUAGUAGUGAAUAAUAAACGAGGAAAACAAGUUGUAAAACCUCAAAUGGUGAUUGAUUAUAACAAAGCAAAAGGGUAUGUUGAUAUUUGUGAUUUAAGAAGCUCAUAUCAUUCACCACUUCGGAGGUCCUUGAAAUGGUAUCGAAAAGUCAUGUUUGAAAUCUUAUUGAAUACAUGUUUAUUAAAUGCGAUGUCUUUGUAUACUGCUGUAACUUCAAAAAAAAUUAGUGUAACUCAAUUUCGUGAAAGUAUAAUUCAUUGUUUGAUUAAAAAAAUCGAAGUUCAACCAAGUGAAGAGAAACAUAUUCUUAUCAAUGCGCAACGAGGAAAAUGUUAUAUCUGUUACAAAGAAAUGGCUGAACAAGGUGGAAGACAACAUGCUCAAAAGAUUACACAUAAAGGUGUCAGUGGCUGCUCAAGUACUGAGCCAAAGAUAGUAGGCGCCACCAUGUUUAUGCCAUCUGAAUGGUCUGGUGGUCGAAAACUGUAUAUACUAAUCAAUAUUAUUUCAGGCGAAAAAGUUGACAAAAUGAAUUCUUCUGCAGCUGAUACAGCCAAAUUAUGUUUGUUCAUGGACAAAUGUUUUGAAAGUGUCAACAGCAGUUUGUAA